CUCAACCUCCCAAUGUUGCUCAAAACCUACAUCGCACUUUUUGUUACUUUAUUUGUUGCAUCAUCGGUCGCUCUCCCGACUCCCGACGUCGAUCUUGCCAAACGAUCGGACGUUGAGGACAAGCGUCAGAUUACCGGUUCCAGGGACUGGCGUAGAGAAGACAAGAGGCAAAUUACCGGUUCCAGGGACUGGCGUCGAGAGGAAGACAAGAGACAAAUCACCGGUUCCAGGGACUGGCGCAGAGAGGAAGACAAGAGGCAAAUCACCGGUUCUAGGGACUGGCGUCGAGAGGAAGACAAGAGACAAAUCACCGGUUCCAGGGACUGGCGCAGAGAGGAAGACAAGAGGCAAAUCACCGGUUCCAGGGACUGGCGCCGAGAAAACGAGGAGUAAUUUCUUUCUUUUGUGCGAUUACCGUUGAUGGCAUCGUUCCCUCGAACGGUACACGGGAUGUACCACCUCUGCUGCUGCCAGACUGGGACUGGUCUAGCAACAUAACUCUUUGUUCGUCUAUUCGGUCCUAAACAGGCCUUUUGUUUGAAUACCUUUCCUUUGAUUGUUGUGUUACCAUUGCGCUCUUCAUUGUGUCUUAACAGACACCUUCGUCAUAUAAUCUUCUGAUAGUAUUUCGUUAGUUGACAGUGUUUCGUUAGUCUUUUCGUAAUAUUCGGGUAAUCGUGUACCUAACCAAACGUUCAUCAUAUUCAAGUGAUGUAUGUAACUCUGAAUUUGACUCGAGG